AUGAAGGAGAUCACGAAACGCUUGGGUGCUGUCGGUGCUACUCGCCUUCCAGGAUGGGGCCAGCGUGAUCCUCACUGUGCCUGGUUAAAGACACUACAGUAUAUGGGUGCCAAUCGAUGUCAGUGUAGUUCUUGUUGUCAGCUUCUAUCCAGAUCGCCUGCGCUUUCAAAUAAAUCAUGGUUGUACGGCAGUGAAGCAUCAGUGUUGAAUACUGAUGUCAUGCUGUCGAUAAUGAUGAUGUCUCAUGGAUCGCAUAUCCUCUCUGUGUGGUUAACUUCUGGUGCAAAGAAGAUGUUGUCAUCCCGUCUUUCAUCCCUGGUUACCCGACCGCCCCGUAUUUUCCAGCGAGCUCCACCGCUAGUUACAAUCAACCGACUUACAUCACAAACACUUGCCUAUCCAUCGGUUCCAACGUUAGUGAUGUUUACUAAACCGGACUGCAGUUUGUGUCGCGCUGCGAUUGAACAGUUGCGACCGUAUGCAAACAAAUAUCAUGCACCGGAAUUACAAGUGCUGCGAUGGAAACGCAAUAUGAUGUUUGUGGGGGCGUGGUGGAAAAGUGAUUGGGGCGCGGAUUUACUGACCGGAAGGUCCGUGGUUCGAACCCGACCUCUGCCUCUCGACUUACCCUGUCUAUGCUUGGGCGACCUGGCAGUAUUCCAGCCCUCGUGCUUCAUUCGUGCGGCAUGGCAGCUAGGCACCGAAAAAUUCCGUCUGCAACUAGUCGACAUCACGGAAGCGAAGAACUCCGUGUGGCGGAAAUAUCAAUAUGACAUCCCAGUUUUCCACAUCCUGUCUGUGGGAACCCAGCUAACCCAUGAAAACAAAGGGACAUAUCUGAUGAAGCAUCACGUCGAUUGGAAUCGUUUGAAAAACUCUAUUCCUGAAUUGGAUCAGUGCCCAGAACUGGACGAGUAUUAAUGUGUUGCACUGUCAUAGCUACUCUUCCAUCAUGUACAGACCCACUCUCUAGUAAACUUUUAUCAUCAUCUUUCUCCCUCUCGGUUUUUGAAUGCAUUCUGGCAGCACGAAGUGAU